GAAAAACAUGCAAAUCCAGUUUGUGUAUAUAUUUCCGUCGAACCUAACCUUUUUCUAUCUGCAUUAUCCUUGUAGUAUCAGCUCAAAUUCUUGAUUAACUAAACGCCCAUCUCCAAUUCAGGAGACUUAUUUUUCCCAUAAUCUUUUGCUUAAUGUGCACAAAAUCUUUGAUUACAGGGAAACCACUAACCCUAAAAUCAGUCCUUUUUCUUGGUUUGCAGUGAAGAUAGUGUGUGUUUCUGUAGAGAAAAUGGUUUCUUCUUUACCAAUUCAUAUAUGUGGCGCAGUCCUCCCAUGCAAGAAAACUAGGGUAUCUCGGUCCUUUCCAGCAGUGAGAGCCCAAUGCUUCAGAGAUGAAGGGAGAUCGAGCAGUAUUGUGGAUGCGAAUUUACGCGUUUUGAGAGAUAGAAUGGAAGAAGUUAGGAUCAAGGAGAGACUGGAAAGGUGCUGUGUAGCUGAGCAAGGAUGGAAUUAUGUACCUACAUACACUUACAGACGCAAAAGGGAUGAAGAAUCUGUUCAGUUUCUUCAACUUAUAGGAAUGGUUGGUGGAACAUUUGGACUCACAAUUUUCAGUGGAACCUUUUGCCUCUACAUUAUUUCACUUUUGGUUCAUAUGAGUUUAUGAAAUUCAUAUGUGCAUGUUCAGAGUACAAGAAUUUACUUUACUGCUUUUACCAUCAGAUGUAUAUUUCCUUAUUUUUACUUUUAUAUUCAUUCUUUUGCAAAUACUAUUCAGUUGAAAAAGUUCAUAUGCAAUGAGCAAGCCAUUAAUCUUUGUAUCA